AUGCGAAUGACGGCUGUCUUGGAUGAGUCUAAACUUACGAUCCUGUUCAUCAUAAAAGGGGCGAUUGGUGGCCGCAUCGAGGCGAGCGAGUUUCCGAUCUUUCCUGGUGGCCAUUCAUAUGUAGUCCAAGAAAAAGCGUGGAUGGGUGACCGUGUGAGGAAGUCCUACCUGCGCACCGUCUUGCACGACGACAUCGAAGAAGCGUCAGUGAUCCUUGUGGCGCACCUGUACGACAUUCAUGAGAGUGGAUUCGUCAGCCUUUCACAUAUCGGCAUCACACGAUGGGAUCAGGAAUUGGGCCGAUUUGUCGUCCCGACUGACGAAGUGGAUGACACUGCCACCCCGGUGGACGACUCCACCAUGACCCAAGUGGUGAACCUGGCUCGUCGUCUCAAACAACCUCCAACCUGUGUCGUCUUUCAAGAAACGAUGAAUCGCAAUGCUCAACAACUCGACACGUUCCAACACCACCUCAACAACGAGGUUGGUGCUGGCAACUACGUUCUUUUCACCAACGAUCCUCGGGCAACCAGUGCCGACCCGGUUCACCGCCGUCACUGUGGGGUCGCCAGCUUCUUUCACAAGUCCAUGCCUGGCUUCGCCUCAUUGGUUCACCUAGUCAACCACGACAUCCCUGGCCGUUAUUUGGUGGUCAGGACUGAAUGGAGUGGUUUGCCUGUGUACAUCCACAACAUCUAUGCACCCGUGGAGCCCCAUCUGCGUGGUGCAUUCUUUGCAGCCCUGCCUCGUGAUUUCGAACACGACAGUCUGCACCUGGUGGGAGGCGACUUCAAUAGAUCGUUUUAG